AUGAAAACUGUUAUAAAUUGUAAUGAAUUUACAAAACAACCUUUUAAAGGUGUUAGAAGACGAGAAAGAACCAAAUAUUCACUUGAAUAUUUUAGAAGAAUAUUUCAAGAAAAUCAUUAUCCAGACAGUUAUGUUUUUGAUCAACUUUGUGAUACACUAAAUCUAGAUAUAGAAAAAUUAGCUACUUGGUUUCAGAACAGAAGAUGUAAAGAAAAACGCCUAAAUAAAGAGAAUCAUGUUGAUAAAAUGAGAAAAGAAUUAUUUAAUCCUAGAUUUAACAGAAAUAAUCAAGAAUCGGACUUCUGUAAAGAAAAAUGUCAAUAUCCUGAUUCUAGGAAAAGAAUUAACCAUUGUGAUUUACAAGAACCGGUCCCAAUUUCUGCACUACAAGACAACCUAUAUGAUUAUUCUAUGAACAGUUUAUCUAAUAUUAAUUCAACUAAUAUUUCUUAUCACAAGAUAUUAAUAUACCACAUUUAG